AUGGUCGGCGCCUCCUUCUUGGCUGUCGCAGCUCUCACAGCACUCGCGUCUAUUGACGCUCAGAGCGGGUAUAAACCGCGUUUCACAAGUUGCCCCUCUCAACUCAUUCGCUCAGCCAGCACCAUUUCCCCGGAAGAAGCUGCCUACCUCACUUCGCGGGCCCCUCAAGCUCAAGCUGCCUUGCGAAGCUUCAUCACCAGCACCAGUAUCAAUAGUUCCGUGGUGGAUCAGCUCUUCAGCACAAACAGGACUAUUCCGAGGAUUUCCUAUGCUGCAAGUGGUGGCGGCUUACGCGCCAUGGUCUUUGGUGGCUCUAUCUUUCGUGCACUUGACGCGCGAUCCGAUGUAGGCACCAUGGGCGGUGUUCUACAAGGCUGUCAGUACAUGGCAGGUCUCUCGGGCGGUAGCUGGCUGAUUGGAUCCACGGCUGUCAAUGAUUUUGCAACAGUCGAUCAGCUUGUCAAAAGCAAUUGGGACAUUGAUAACGUACGCAACCUCAUUUUCGGCGGUAUCCUCAGUACUGCACGCUACUACACCAAUAUUGUCGAAAGCGUGCAAGCCAAGAACGAUGCAGGCUUCUUCACAUCCAUCACCGACUAUUGGGGUCGCGUAAUCUCUUACCACGUCCUGAACCCUAGCAAUGGUCUCCCAGGCUUCAAUUGGGCUGAUAUUCGCAAUGUCAGCUCGUUUGUCAAUCAUUCUAUGCCAUUCCCACUUGUUGUAUCCGUGGGCCGAGAGCCAGGUACAAUUAUAGUGGAACUCAAUGCCACAAACUUUGAGUUCAACCCAUACGAGCUUGGCUCAUGGGAUGUCAACCUUUACAGCUUUACACCUGUGCAAUACCUCGGAACCAGUAUGCAGAAUGGUCAGCCCAAGGAGAGUAAUCGAUGUGUGCAAGGCUUCGACAACGCUGGCUUCACAAUCGGCACCUCGUCUUCCCUCUUCAAUGGCGCACUUACGCAAAUCAACGGUUCAAACUCUGGUAGCCUGACAGGGAUCAUCACGAACCUGCUCCAAGGCCUCUCGGAGAGUAACAAUGAUAUCGCCGUGUACCCGAACCCGUUCCAAGGCCUCAACAACAUCUCAAGCAGCAUUUCAAACACGCCAAAUUUGACCUUGACGGAUGGUGGCCUAGACAACCAAAACAUUCCACUCUGGCCACUCAUUCAGCCAGAGCGUGAAGUCGAUGCCAUCUUUGCCGUUGACUCAAGUGCCGAUACUACCUAUAACUGGCCAAAUGGCUCUUCUUUGGUUCACACCUACAGGCGAGUCACUGAGGCCGCUUAUCGCACCAAUAAGAGCAUCAGUUUCCCGUAUGUCCCUGACUUCAACACAUUCAUCAACCUUGGAUUGAACCGCAAUGUCACCUUUUUUGGUUGCAACGGCACUAAUGGCACACUCCCUGGUGUUCCACCGCCAUUGAUCAUCUACAUCCCCAAUGCACCCUUCUCCCACUUCAGCAACUUUUCCACGUUUGAUGGAACUUACCCGGAGGCCGAUAUCCAAGGAACCCUCAACAAUGGUCUCAACAUCAUGACAAACGGUAAUUCUACCGCUUUCAAGACCUGUAUUGCGUGUGCCAUCAUGCAACGCGGUCUUGAACGUGCUAACCUGACACAACCGGACGUCUGCCGACAAUGCUUCUCGCAGCAUUGCUGGAGUGGCGUCACCAACUCCACACAACCAGGUGAAGCAUUGCUUGCACCGACAUUAUUGGCAAAUGCAGGCUUUGGUGGCCGUCAGGGUGGUGCACAAUCCACAGGAUCUUCUAGGGCUGCUGCGUCGUCAUCUUCGACUGCUCGUUCGAGUGCUGGACAGUUGAAUGUUGGAGUCGAUGGUGUUCCUGGUGCACUCGGUGCGUUGUUGCUUGCUGGCAUCGUUGGCGCUAUUGCUAUUUGA